AUGAUAUCCCCUUUCGACUUACCUAUCGAGCUUUUCCUCGAGGUCAUCAGCUACCUGGGCCCUCCCGAGAUAUUAGCAUUGAUGAGGACCUGCCAGGCUGGCUAUAUCAUCUGCACAGAUGAGCUCUACAAGGCUGGCGCCAAACGACGCAUGGGGGUCCUGAGAUGGGCCGUCGAGCGAGGCCAGACGGCGACAAUGAAGUUGGCAAUGCGGAAUGGCCACGACAUAAAUGAUUUUAUGAAUCACGAUACAAGCAACAUCGACUUUACUGUCUUCUCGCCGGGUCUUUUUCACUUUAUACCCCAGUCUUCUCCAUGGGGCAAUUUCGCAACCUUGUGGCAAAACGUCACCGCCCCCCGAACGCCCCUCCAUGCCGCGGUGUCUUUCGGCGACCCUCAAGCAAUCCGAUACCUCCUGAACCAUGGUGCAGGCCGCUGGCCAAGCCGCGAGGACAAGCCUGUUCUGCCCCUGCACAGCGCCAUCGCCCGCGAUCGCUUGAGCGCCGCGGAGCUGCUGAUCGGCCGCGGCGCGGACGCGACCCGCUGUAAUCACAGUGACGGGGCUACGCUGAUAUGCGCCGCCUACUUUUGCAGUGAGCCCAUGGUUUCCCUGCUCCUUGACAAGGGGGCAGAGAUUGACGCACGUAACGAGCGGGGCUAG